UUAGUGCGUUCUUUUGAUUUAGUUUUGGCGUAAUAAUAGAAAAGCUGCUUGGUCUGAAGACGAGACUAGAAUGAGAGCGAUCUCUCCGUUUAUUCUAUCGUAGUCUUCUAGAUCAGCAGUGUCAAACUCAUCUCAUCAGAGGGCCUCUAGUACAAAUUUUCAGUGAUUCGCGGGCCGCAAAGUUGAGAAUGGAAAAUAUACCUCAAUGUUUAUGUAAAAUACUUUUUUAGAUUUUUAUUGUUAAACAAAUUGAAUUUUUUUACUCCUCGCUUCUUAUCUGAAAUCGUUUGUUAUGUACAAAUUCACGAUGUUAUUUUUAUAUGUGCUCUUUUUUAUAUGAGACAAUUUUUUAAUGUACUUUCAAUGUUAUUAUUAAAAUAGGACAUUUUUCAUUACUCGCGUUCUCUUACGGCAGUUCUGCUAGAAAAUAUUUGUCAAACACACUUUUUCACUGAAGUAGGAGAAGUCUAGCAGCCUACAGUGAUUCUUUUUCAAGCAAUCCGAGCUAUCCAUCACUGGAUGAAUAACAAAAAUAUUUCCUUGCAAUUUUUGACAGAUCAAGAGAAAAAUUGUAAUAACACGUGUUUAAACAUUAUUUUUCGCUAAUUUCCAAGUUCCAAGUGUUCUGGUGAUAUAUUCAUUUCUUAUAACAAGAAUCCGUAUUUUACGAAUAACUUUUUUUUAAAUUACGAUAAUUUUAUCUCACGAAGAGUCGUGGUGUGUGAUCCCAUACAGAUCGGCAAAUCUGUUUUGACACUUGAAGGGAGAUGAUUUGCGAAUUGAGGAAUUGAGGACUGUGUGAGCUAAUCUAUUAAUAAGCUUUGUAUUGCAGGGCAUAGGCAUUUCGAUUAUUUUUAUCCUUAAUCUAAAUCCUUUAAGCUUAAGCGUAAUCAUAUCAUUUUGGUUUUGAUUUUUGGGGAGGUUGGAAAUUACAUUAAUUCGUCUUGCAGAAUGUUGGGUACAAAUAAUUCCAACUUGGCUACAAUAUUUUUUAUCAUUUAUGGUGGCAUGAUUAUGACAAAAAACAGAAAACGGAAAAACAGAAAAAAUAGAAACAUUCGGAGCCGAAUGAAUCCUUUACUCGGCAGUCGGGGGCAUGGAGAUUGUCAAAUUCGGCGGGACAACCGAUUACUCCAACGGUUCCGAAUGGCUCUAAACGGCUCUAUAGGCUUCGGACGGCACCGAACGGAACUGUUGGUUUGAUUUGGCCGGAUUCGAAGUCGGAAUAGCUAUGAUCGGAAAUGGUUUUGAGCCGUGGAUGCGAUUCCGACAAUCAAUCACCAGUUGUUGAAAAAUUUCCUAGUGUGUGUAUCAAGAUAUUUUCAUUCCUUUUUCGUUUGUAGACAGUUGACGCAAAUUCUUUUUCCAUACAUAAUUUGCAAUCGAGUGUGCACAAAAUUAUGCUAAUAUUCAGAAUUGAAUCGAAACAUAAUACGACUGAGCUUGCAUUCGAUUUGAUGAUUCUUAAGGGUCUCGAUUGAUAUGUACGUUUGUGUAGAAUAAGUUUAUGAGAUGUUAUGGGUACAUUCAUGUUAGUUUCGAAAAAUAUAUCAACAAAAGGAAUGUUCUUCUCUGGAAAAUUUAAUACACUUUGACAAAUAGUAAUAACAGAUUUAUGGUUUGCAGUGCUUUUAGCAAUUCUCAAAAUACUCUCGCGGGCCGCAUGCGGCCCGUGGGCCGCCAGUUUGACAUACCUGCUCUAGAUGAUCGUUAUCGGUUCGCUUCGUAGUGUUAGAUGUUCGUUAUCCUUCGGUUCGUCUUUUCUUAGUGUUAGCUUCGUGGCGUUAGUGUUAGUGUGUUAGCACGGACUACGACUGGAAAAUAUGUGUUAGCACGGACUUCGACUGGAUAGCGUUAGCGCGGGACAGUGCUGUGCAUAAAAAGGCUAAGCUGCCACAUGUAUAUUUAUAUGCAUAUACAGUCAGUCCAAAAAGUAUUCGUCUAGCUGAAUAUUUUGCAGAAAAAGGCGAAUUAUGGUCGCAAUAUGCAUGGGGUGGUAAAAAUAAUCAUGGGGUUUGAUAAAGGGACUAUCAAUACACAUAUACUGCUAAAAAAUAACCAUUAAAAUCGUGCAAUAGCAACCAAAACACAUAAAAGCUAAUAAAAAGUCCUUUGAUGGGUGCUCAAAAAGUAUUCGUCUAUCAGGCUUUUGGCGUAAUAUGCUUAAGAAAACAAAGAAUAUGGAAUUAAAAAAUGUUCUGAUCUUGUUUCUUAUUCCAUUUAUGACUACUGGUGACUACUUGCACAACGCAAGAACUCAUUUGAACCAUUAAAAAGGCGUAUUUUGACCCCUACAUCCUACAAGCUUAUUCUAAUUAUUCUCUAGUAGAAAGAUUGCAUUUCCGUGCCACAUAGCCAAGUUCCAUUGAGAAAAUGGCAACUGAUAUCAUAUUGAGAGUCUAUUAAAUCAUUUUCAUCAGUUUGGUUUCAGCUGGUUUGGUGUUUCGGGCAAAUGACAAUGCUCUGUAUGUUCUCCAGCUCGACCGGUCUUGAAACAUGUGGUACUUUUUAAGCACAAUUUCUCAGAACUGGAACCCAAAGUACUUAAAAACUGCAAUAACAUAUUUCCUCAUCUCGUGUGCUAUCAAUUUGAAUCAUUUUUAUAGAUCCCCUUUUCUCAAUGAGUCCUGGUAUAAUGACACCAUGGUGUUACCGUUAAACGAGAUUUGGUUGUUACAUCUUAGUAGACUGUUUUCGCUAAACUAGACGGCGGCCGUAUGACCUUGACGAGUUAUACUUGAUUUAAUAUGUUAGUUCAGCCUAAUUUCAAAUGAUUUUUUUGAAUUAUUUGAUUUGAUUAGACCAGUUUUGGCCACUUUCUCCGUGUGGUAUUACUCAAACAAAACAUGUUUGUAAGAACUCACCCAUUCAAGGCAUAACAUGACCAGCUACAAUGAAAUGCAGUAUGACUUAUCAACCAAAUGUGACCCAUAUCUUUUCCUGUUCUUAUUGGCCAUCAUAAAAUGCACUGAUUCCUUGGUAAUAUUUGAUUUUUUGGACAUUGAAACUGCUUCAUUCGUUAGAUUUACCGUCAAUGAUGGCUGCUUACAUGGCAGCUUGUCAUACAAUUAGUAUCAGAAAAUGACCAAACGCUGAUCAAAUGAAGGAACGAGGCCUCCCACACAUUUUGUAACCUUCAAAAAUGGGUAGGAUAGGUUAUGCAUAGGAUUAAGAUACGAUUUUCGCCAUCAUUUUCCAUUCAUUUAACUUCCCCGCCUGUAGUGACUCUCUGACUACUUGAAGUGCAAUUGAAACAACAGAAUUGCAUUAGUUUAGAUAGAAGUAACUAGCUGAUUGAUAAUAAUAAAUUUAGUCACGCCUGACGUAGUACUUGGCCAGCGUAAAUGAUUAAAAAGCUAGUUAGACGAAUACUUUUUGCGCACCCAUAAAAGGACUUUUUUUAGCUUUUUAAGUGGUUUGGUUGCUAUUGCACGAUUUUAAUGGUUAUUUUUUUGCAAUACAUGUGUAUUGAUGGUCUCUUUAUCAAACCUCUUCAUUACUUUUACCGCCCCAUGCCUGUUGCGUUCAUAAUUCGCUUUUUGCUGUAAAAUAUUCAGCUAGACGAAUACUUUUUGGACUGACCCAAUUACAUUUUCCAGCACGAAUAAUUCGAGCGAUUUCCCUUAAACUGGAGCCUUAAACUUCCCUUAAACUGCACCAGUUUAAGGGAAUUCAGAAAAAAAUCCUUUAAAAUCAACUAUGAAUCGGCUUUUUCGCUACUUUCUUCUAGAUUCGCUUGGAAAUGAUGUUUCCUAUCGUUAUAGUUGGUCAUGUUCCCAUUUUAUACUUAAAUAAUACCCAUUUUUUAUAGAAUACCGUCACACAAAAUUAGCUUUUGUUUUUCAUCUAAAAACCAUAGCUAUGAAUGAAAAAUGAGCUCGACGGCGUCGUCUAUCGAUAGAGGAACGUCUAAUUUACGAACACACCAAAUCUUGUCGCUUUCAACACGCUUGAUCACACACAAAUCAACAAUUUUAAUCGUAUCGAGUACUAAUCGAGCAGAUAUGGGAAACUUGGGGACUGAAUACAGUGGUUCACAGUCAAAUAAACAACAGUCCACAUGAUUAAUAAGUAUUAAACAGCUUUGAAUUGUUGUUGUUUGAACAGUUUAUAGAGGCUUUGGCUCCAACGGCGUUUUUUCGCCUCUUGAAACGGCUUUAAAUGCAUUUAGAAGGCAUUUAAGGCCUUCCGCCGACAAUCUUCUCGUAACAGCCGAAGAGUGCGGACGUGAUCUAUCUCGCGCUCCUCGACUGUCCCGACAUUUAUACCAUGUGAGCAGUGCAGUGCUGGAAAGUGUUGUUCGUGUUUGGUGUUUCAGGAGAUUUGUGCUGUAGUAUAGUGCGCGUGGGGAAAAAAACAAAGCUUAGAUAUCCUUUUAAGUCGUUCGUCGUUCUUUUCACAGCGAGACGUUGAAGUUAAUAUAAAAAAAAAUAAAAGCUAAUCCAACGCAUUUUACGUUGUUGGCUUUUCUCAAAGCGCUACGUAAGGUGUUGUGGCUCAAGGUUAUAACUUGUUUUGUGAGUGCAGAUGGUAUAAGUUUCUAAGGGGUUAGGGUUUUGAAGACAUUAGUCAGGUGGACUCUCAUAAGACAUUUGUGUUCAGAAGUGAAGUGGUAUUGUGGUGCACAAUGGAACAAUAGAAAAAAAAAAUUAAAUUGCCCUACAGACAAAGAGCGGGUUAUUUUUAACAUGGUGUGCGUGCACCCGCAAAUUCACCCAAAAGGAAUACUUUAUCUGGGUGUUUCAAAAGAAGGGGGUGGGGGCCUGGAUUUUUUCCAUAAAAAUUCUAAUAAAAUGAUCAAUUGUGUAUAUAGUUAGUUGCGCUCCAAUGAAUAGGUAUACUGAGCCGAAUUUCAUAUAGAUCAAUUGGUUUUUCCCGAUUCCCGAUCUAUCGAUUUAUGUUGAGUUUCAAAAUUGAGCAGUAUAUUAUAUAUUUUCAAUCUAACCAAAUAAGCUCUCAAACAUCAUGGGAACAAUCAACGGAUAAAAUAUUCACACCACCGUAAAGCUGAGAAAACGUGAAAAUUUUUGUGGGAUUAAUUGAAAACAACUUUCUUUUUGUCAUUGAAAAAUCCAAUUUCAAAAAAGGUACAACUUUUGGGGCAAAAGAGCCACCUCUAUUUGGGGCAAGUGUGCCACCGUCUUUCAUAGGCGCGAGCUUUCAAAACUGUAAACAUUGUUGUAGUGUGCAGCGGUAAGGUGCACUUUUACGAGCGGAUUCCACCCCGAAAAACAGACCAGCAACAAACCAUAUUACGAUACAGUUUGUGAUGAAAAAGGGUUCAUUGCUGACUCAAGACAUGUAGAAAUACAUAUACUAGUGAAAAAACGUAACAAUUUCCAGUUAUCUAAGAUAUAAGUUUAUUUUAUCCAGGAGGCCGUCUUGCCCCAUACGUGUGGCACUCUUGCCCCAUAGCCCAAAAACAACGUUUUUUAGAGUCUUUUUAAAACGCUUCAAAAACAGGUUUGUUUGCACUUUUUUCAAGCGAAAUUCAUUUAUGAGUGAGAAAGAGGAUGUAAAACGGUUAUGAGAUUUAAAUCGGCUUUUGACAAACACGUUUUAGUGAGUUUCCCUUCGUUUUAAUAUCUCCCUUCCCCUUUUUUGCCAGGAUUUAUUUCCAAAAUUAAACUGUGCACACCAUUAUACUAACAUAGGGGGCCUUCACGAUUCUAGUUAGUUUUUUGUAUGGAGUUUGACAGUUGGAGGCUGAAAUCAUGUAAACAAUCCAUACAAAACCACACAAAAAACUAGCCUGCGAUUUUCAGUCUAGAAAAUUUUAGCCUAAAAGCUAGAAUUAGAUUCGAGUACCUGUUCGAAAACACAGGUUUGUUUACAUUUAUCCCAAGGUGCAUUAAAGAGAUCAGGUGGUGGAAUCUGGAAUCAAAGUGUAUGUAGUCCAGGUGGUCUCAUAGCAUUUUUUCAUAGCCAAUUUUGAACAUCACUUUUUGACAGAACGAGUGAAAACUUUUGCUCCAACGAGCUUUCUGGAGGCUUGACGAAUACUCAAAACACUCUUACAAUCUUCAUUCAGAAGCAGAAGCGAUAAAAAUCAGCCUUCUAAAUUCAUACACCUUGCGAUAAGACCACCUGUAUAUUAUACUCAAUUAGAUAGCUGCUCGAAAAAUGCUAUACAAUGCAAACAGCUGACAGGCUGAAAUUUCAGCAUACGAAUUUCAAACGGAAAGGGCCCCUUUGAUGGACUUUUAAAAACUAUUUAAAAAAGGUACAACAUUGUAUUAUUGAGUCAGAAUCACGACAAAUUAUACAACUAGUAAGUGCAUCCCACCACAUCAAACAAACGUUUCUUGGGGACAAGCUGAAUAUGGACCAAAGUGAGUGCAUAUACAGUCAGAAUUGAAUAGUUGAACGCUUUUUAGUUGAAUGCUCGAUAUUUGGCUGACAGUUCAAUUAAAAAGCAUGCGUUUGUAUGGAAAACCCGGUUUUUGAAAAAUUCACAAAAAUCUCAUGGCCUGCCGAGAAAAAUUUCAGACAUUUUUUGUAUGGAGAAACGUGCCAACUAAAUAGCACGUAUUCAAUAGUUAGCAGGGAAUGGAAAUGCAACCAGUGAGUUCAGACUGUAUCAGGUGGGCUUAUGGUGUUCUUCCUCACAAAUACAUCGAAACACAAUUAAACAGUUUGUUCCAUAACAAAAUCUAGUAUGCCUUGAAGUUUAAACAGUAUCUCGCAGAAAUGGUAUGUGGUUUUACACAGGCGUAGCUCGAAGAAAGAAGCCAAAAAAAUUACGUGACGGCCAGUUCUUGGAAUAAAAUGAUGAUCUGAAGAUUACUGGAUCAAAACAACACAUUUUCCCAGCAAAAUUUGAUAUAUAGGAAAUAAUUAUUGAAUCCGUUCAGUCAGCAAGCAAUGAGCAGUGUACCACUCGAACCAAAUACGGUAUCAUACUUAAAGUAAGGAACUUAUCAGGGUGCCCUUGAAUACAUAAUUUUGUUUCGUUCAUAAGACCUCCGAUUGUUCUCAAAUAUCAUGUAAAAUUGUGAAAACUUGGGAUAGACUUAGAAAAAAGUUUAUGGAACAAUUAUCAAAGCACUCAGUUUGUUAUGGAUUCAACUGUCAAACCUUGUUUUCUUCCUAUUUUGGAUCCCACCUGAUAUGUCAACUCACUUUGGUUUUCCGAUAGAAUUCAAGAACGCGGCACUUUGAUAAAUCGGCGGGAGUCAAUCAAGAUCUAUUAAGGAGAACAGGUCGAUGCAAAACCAUGAACAGUUUCAUGAAAAAGUGUUGGUGACAAACGGCUAAUAAUUAACGCGAAAAAGUGGACGAAUUUACUAUUGGUUAAAUUUCUAGGGGUCAAUCACUUCGGAAGAAUAAAGGAGAAGUAAUUGCAGUGUAAUCUGUACUCAGAAACAUUGAUAACCUUUUUCAUUGUUUGCCAUUCCGUGACCACGAAUCAUUACCGUUUGCAACGGUACUGCUGGAAGAACGAAAAGUUUAACAGGCAUAAAAAAGCACAGUACAGGUUCCAACUGGGUAGCGGAAUUUGGGGCAAGUGUGCCAUACGGGGCAAGAGUGCCACCAAGCAUUUUUCCUUAAAAACUUAAGUUUAAUGAUCAACUGUGUAUACAGUUGGUUGCUUUCCAAUGACUAGGUAUACUGAGCCGAAUUUCAUACAGAGCGUUUCUACACCGAGAAUGCAGCUGAGAAAAUAACUGACAGCAUGCUUUGACAGCGACUGACAGCAUUUUCGGUGAGAGAAUUCUCCUCGGCAUGCAAAGAACGAUGGAGCUGAGAAAAAAUUGAAUUGGCAGUUUAUAGCGAUCGAUCAAUUAUAGUCUGCAUUUUUGCCGUCUAAUAAUCGUAGAUAUAUUAUUAAAAAGCAAAAGAAACUUUUUUGACUUCAGUUUAGCGAUUAAAAUGAAUUUUUCCAACAUCAUUUUAUAAGUCUCAUCUCGGCGCUUUUCAAAGCUUCUACACACACCAGCGUGAUAAACCGGUUGUCAAAUCUCUCACAGCCAUCUCCAGCUGCAGUCUCGGUGUAUGUAGAAACGCUCACAGAUCAAUCGAUAUUUCCCAUUGUUUUGAACUGAUUUGUGUUGAGUUUCAAAAUUGAGCAGAAUACUAUAAUUUUUUUAAUCCAACCAAAUAAGCUCUCACAAAUCAUGCGAACAAUCAACCGAGAAAAUAUUUACACCACCGUAUAGCUGAGAAAACGUGAAAUUUUUUGUGGGGUUAGUUGAAAAAAAACUUUCUUUUUGUCACUGAAAAAUUCAAUUUCAAAAAAGUUACAACUUUUGGGGCAAAAGAGCAAUCUCUAUCAAGGAUAAUGUAUUUAGAAGGUUGAUUUUUAUCGCUUUUGCUGGGCGACAUUGUGGGGGACAUCUGUCACUCUCUGCAUACAAAUUUCAUUAUCCCGCACCAGCCCUCCCCGAUUUUUAUACCGGAGCCCCCGGAAGAGAAAUGUCAAGUCGAGAAAUGUCAUUUUGCUCUGAACAACUUCACCUUGUCAUUUAUAACACCUUGAUCUCUAUUUGGGGCAAGUGUGCCACCAUCUUUAGGAAUACAUACACUAUGUACAUGUACAUGUAGGAAUACAUACACUAGUGGUACAAACGUAAUAAUUUCCAAUUAUCAAAGAAAUACGGUUAUUUUAACCAGGUGGCCGUCUUGCCCCAUACGAGUGACACUCUUGCCCCAUAGCCCAAAAAACAACGUCUUUUUGGACCCUUUUUAAAACGCUUCAAAAACUGUUUUGUUUGCACUUUUUUCAAACGAAACUCAUUUAUAAGUGAGGAAAUAGAUGUAAAAUGAUUGUGAGAUUUAAAUCGGCUUUUGGAAAACACGUUUUAGUGAGUUCUAACUUGAAAUGCUUAAGGUGGCACACUUGCCCCAAAUUCCGCUAAAAGAAGCCCUAUUUACUUUCUAUCAAACACUGAGAGUAAAAUGAUACAUCGAAUCGGCACACACUGGUACAAUAUGCACACCGUCCUUUGCUUAUAACCCGGCGACGAAUGAUAAAAGAGAUCAGCCAUGUAAUAUUCUAAUUGGAUUAUAGUUCUUAUAAUAUUCUAAAAGGAAAGAAGUGCAAAAUGCUGAACAAAACUCUCAUUCACUCCAUAGAAACGUCCAUCGCUAAACAUAAACAAUGUUCAGUUUAACUUUCAAAACUUUCCAAUGGCUUUCUGUCAAUUUACUCUCAACGCAUCGACCUGUUCUGUUUCAAAGACCCUAGGAGUCAAUCGCAAGACUGCGGAAGGAUACGUGAAAACGUUGACGAUACAGUCUUUCCCCGAGUUACGCGAAUAAUGCGUUCCGGAGACAUUGGCGUAACUCGAAUUUUCGCGUAUGUCGAAUAUCACGUUUUACAGCCCAAAUAUACUUGAUUAAUAAUGAUUUUUUAUUCAAUUUAGUUCACAAUUUAUUACAUAUUUCAAGUAAUUGGUGUAGAAAAAUGAGAUAUUUUUGUUUUUAAAAACUAUGAUUUAAAACUUUUGAAAAAAAAUGAAAAUUUUUUACCAUUUGACAAUUGAUACCAUUUGACCAUUACCAUUACCAUUUGACUCGACUCGAGUGUCGCGCAACUCGGAAAAAAAACUUUACAGGUGUCCCCCGAGAUACGACUGUAUUUGGGACCGAAAAAAUGUCCCAAAGCAAAGCGUAAGUCGAAAUAGUCGUAUGUCGAAUAUCUAUGAAUAUAAAUUUUUAACCGCAAUUGAGGAGUCGGAAUCUAUGAAAUCGUAUAUUUUAUUUAAAAUCGAAAUCGUAUGCAAAUCGAAAUGGUAUGCAUGUAUACAAAAAAAAUACAGGUAUUCCCCGUUAUAUGCUAUUCAUGCCGACCAGAGGCAAUAGCGCAACUCAAAUAUUAACGUAAGUCGAAUUCCGAAAUUUUCAUUCAAAUUAUUGCUAAUUUUCGUUCAACUUUGCUUGAAGUGGUGUGUUCUAGACCCUUAAUUCUUUAUUUGAUCUGAUUUCAACUGAACAUUAUAAUUUUAUACCUUUUAAAAUGGUUUUGAAAUUCGACCAAAAGGGAAUUUAUUUUGCAUUCAACAUUUGAUGUGUAGGCGAAAGGCCAUGAGAGUGACAAAAUGCUGACAAUUUUUUCAAAACGUGAGCUUUUGUCACUUUUUUGAGCUUUUGUCAAAAUUUUGUAACCUGGAGCAGCCAGGAAAAAAAGUUGACAAAAGUUGACAAAAAGUGACAAAAGUUGACGUCCGCGAAGAAGCGUAAACAAACAACUAUUUGGCGCAGUUGUGACCCAUUGCUACGAUAAUAGUGCUAAAAUGCAUGAUUCUAAUUGAUUUAUGUACCUAUUUCGUGCUUCUUAAACAAAAUAUCGAUGAUUUUCAGAUGUUGGAGCUUUUUGUCGUUCUUGUGUAUGUUUUUGGUGCGGCCACGAGAAAAGCUCUUUUUUGCAGUUGACAAGCAAUUUUGAAAAAGUUGGAAAUUUUUUCAACAUUUUGUCAGCUCCGUGGCCACGCGCUAUGUAGAAUCAGUACAGUUUGUUCGAAUAGCUGUCAAAUUAACAACAUCGCGUACAGGUAGUUACCUUUGUACAGGUAGUUACCUUCGUGCAGGUAGUUACCUAGUUACCCGAAAUACAUUGUGGUACCUUUGAUACACGGAUUCGGAGAUACGCGGUUUUCUUAAUUUGGGCCCCUUUCCGUUUUCAGCCUCUCAGCUGUUUGCAUUGUAUAGGAGAUUUCGAGCAGCUUUCGACGUAUAGUAUACAGGUGGGCUUGUCCCAAGGUGUAUGUAUUUAGAAGAUUUUAAAUGCUAUUGCUUCAGAAUGAAGAUUUUAAGAGUGUUUUGUGUAUUCGUCAACCCACGUUUACGUUUACAUUUUUAAUUAUUUUUAUUUUGACCUCCCACUGUUUGGGGCUUGGAAAAGUAAUCUGUAAUGGCUUUUUGGUAAAAGUAAGGCUUAGCCCUCUACGUUACGCUAGCGUUACGCGUAACGCCUGUUUAUCACAAACCCAAGCAACAUUUUUGAACGCCUGUUUUAACCGCCGUGGAUGAGCAAAUUAAUAGAUUAUCAUGUCUUAAUAUUGCUUAUUUUUACAUGAUAGGGGGCCCUCACGAUUCUAGUUAGUUUUUUGUAUGGAGUUUGACAGUUGGAGGCAGAAAUCAUGUAAACAAUCCAUACAAAACCACACAAAAAACUAGCCUGCGAUUUUCAGUCUAGAAAAUUUUAGCCUAAAAGCUAGAAUUAGAUUCGAGUACCUGCUCGAAAACACGGGUUUGUUUACAUUUAUCCCAAGCUGCAUUAAAGAGAUCAGGUGGUGAAAUCUGGAAUCAAAGUGUAUGUAGUCCAGGUGGUCUCAUAGCAUUUUUUCAUAACCAAAUUUGAAUAUCACUUUUUGACAGGGGAUGGGUGAAAACUUUUGCUCCAACGAGCUUUCUGGAGGCUUGACGAAUACUCAAAACAUUCUUAAAAUUGUAGAAAUUAGAAAUUCGAAUUUGUAUAUACCUCACACAUACACCUUGACAUCCUUACACAUACACCUUUUCUAUAUGUACAUCUUGUUUGUGCGAUCACACCUAGGUUUAAGUAUCUCAGGCAAUACUGUCAAAUAGAGAUGUCAUUCGUGAUUGAGCGCUAAAACAGAAAACACGCAAUUCUUCAGCCUUCAGUUAAUUCUUCCGAAAUUAAGAAAGAUUACAAUUCAGAAGUGGGAUAAACCGUUUGUGCCGAAAAAUGCUUACAAAAGAGGAACUUCUUUGUGCUUUGGAAGUUGCUAACAUCGAAGUGCCUCCGAAAGCAACUUUACCACAACUACGCACGUUGUACGAGCAAAGUGUACCGAAAAACAAAAUGGAGGAACAAUCAACCCAGAAUUUCAUUCCUCAAAGAGUGUGUGCAGAUGAAGACGAAGUGACGAACAAUGGAAACCACGUUGCAGCAGCCGCCAUCUUGAUGAAAGACAAAGCUGCUCCGACAUCUUCGACGCAAGGUGCUUCAUUCGACGCAACUUCUCAUCAAUUGGAAUUAAUGGCGCUACGAGCAAAAAUUAUGGAAAUGGAACAGCGGCAGACGUUUACGGAUGGUCGAUUGGUUCAUCCCGAGGAGUUGAAACAUUUGAUACCGGAAUUUUCUGACGGCCUCGGUAUCAAUAAGUGGAUCAAUACGAUUCGCUACAAUAGCGAAUUAUAUGGAUGGCAGGAUCGCACGAUGCUUUUAUAUGCAGGCAGUCGGUUGACUGGAGCAGCAAGCGAAUGGUACAAUGGCUUCCGUAACACUUUGAAGACAUUCGACGAAUUCGCUGACACAAUUAAAAAGGCUUUUCCUGAUCGCUGUAACGAAGCCGUUAUUCAUAGCCAAUUAGCAUCGGUCUACAAGAAAAUUUCUGAGUCGUACACAAGCUAUGUAUACCGAGUAAAUGCGCUGGGAAUGUCAGGCCACGUGAGUGAGGAGGCUAUCAUAACUUAUGUCAUCAGAGGACUUUCUCGUGACCCUCUCUAUGAUAGCCUUGUGACCAAGGAUUACCGCGAUAUUUACGACCUGAUUGAUAACAUUAAGCGAUAUGAAUCCCAUCUUCUGUUGCGCAAAAACCCAGAACGCCGCAGCCCAUCUCACAUCAACACCAUUUCCCCGAGACCGAUUCCACCAAGACAAACGACGACAGAACCUCUUCGAUGUUAUAACUGCUCGAAUCAUGGACAUCAUUCAUCGCAAUGCACACAACCUCGCCGAGCUCCGGGUUCCUGUUUCCGAUGUGGUAGCACAUCACAUGUCAUUCGCAACUGUCCUGUCCCAGAUAGACGUCAACUAACGGUUGCUGCGGUACAGGGCAACGACAAUGAAACAGCGCAUCUAGAUUCUGGGGAAAAUGGAAACUUCGUUCAACUUGAGGCCUAUCAGGAGCUCUAAAAGCUUCAUAAAUGAAGCCAUUGUUCCGGUUACAAAACUAAGCGCUCCCCAACCAAGUGGAUUUCGAGGAAUAGGAAAUGUGAAUUUACAAACUCUUGGAACAGUACAGCUAAAACUUAGUUUUCGUAAUCAAACAUUCAUUCACAAUUUCUAUAUUUUACCAAAAAGCUACAUGUCCCUAUCCAUGAUAGUAGGGAGAGAUUUGUUAUCAGAAUUUAACAUCACACUCGCUCAAUUCCGUAAACAUUACAGCAAACUUAUGCUGAUGAAUUUAAAUAAAGAUAAAAUUCUGAACUUAAAAAAACCGGGUUUUUACCAUAAGCUCCAAACGUUGGGUCUUUUACGUAGUUCGAUCCAGGCUCCCUUACCAGAGGUAUGCAAAGAUUCGAAAUUGUCCGAUCCCAAUAUUUCUUCAAAAUUCAUUUCGAUAUCAGACAAAUCUGAACAUAAACAACAAUAUGACACAACUUUUUCUGAAAUGUGUUCUAUAAAUAUUAGCGAUGAGGCUAGCACUAUAAAUGUUGGAGAACAUCUUUCUAAAGAACAAGGCAUUGCUUUAAGAUCAAUAGUGUCCAAUAAUUACAUUAAUUUUCCGGAUAAACAUAUAAUACCAUCUGCUCAUAAAAUGCGAAUUAGCUUAACUCAUGAUACUCCUAUUUUCACAAAGCCUAGACGACUUUCUUUCGAUGAAAGGAAUAAAGUAAAAGUCAUUGUGAAGGAUUUAUUAGAGAAAAAUAUAAUAAGACCCAGUAACUCUCCUUAUGCUUCCGCACUGGUACUCGUUAGGAAGAAAAAUGGCGAAAUUCGUAAGUGUGUCGACUACCGACCUCUUAAUAAAGUAACAAUCCGCGACAACUACCCGCUUCCACUCAUAGAGACGUGCCUAGAACACUUGGGCAAUAAAAAAUUCUUUACGUUACUAGACCUAAAGAGUGGUUUUCAUCAAGUGGCAAUGGACGAGGAUUCAAUUAAAUUCACAGCGUUUGUUACUCCAGACGGCCAGUACGAGUACACGCGUAUGCCCUUCGGAUUAAAAAACGCGCCAGCUGAAUUUCAGCGUUUCAUUAAUACAAUUUUGCGGAAAUUCAUCGAGAAUGAAAAGCUGGUUGUAUACAUUGACGACAUUCUCAUAGCUUCUCAAGACUUUAAAGAACAUCUUGAAAUAGUUAGUGAAGUUUUGCAUACUCUACGAAAUAAUGGGUUGGAGCUACGGCUUGAUAAAUGUAAGUUUGCUUACGAUGAAUUGGAUUACUUAGGAUACAAGGCCAAUCAUUCAGGUAUAUGUCCUAGCGAUAAUCAUGUAAAAAUUAUCAAAAACUAUCCUGUUCCUCAGAACACAAAACAGGUACAACAAUGUUUAGGUCUUUUUUCGUUUUUCCGGAGGUUUGUUCCACAUUUCUCUAGUAUUGCAAAACCACUUACUAAUCUUUUGAAAAACAAUGUUCCAUUUAUUUUUGAUGAUGAGUGUAAAAAAGCAUUUGAAACACUCCGAGAUAAAUUGAUAGUAGCUCCGGUGCUUGCCAUAUACGACCCUAAACGCGAAACUGAACUUCACUGUGACGCAAGUUCGAUAGCUUUUGGUUCUGUGCUUUUGCAAAAACAGGAUGAUGGUAGAUAUCACCCUAUUUCGUAUUUUUCCAAAACCACUUCGGCUGAUGAAGCUAAAUUGCACAGCUACGAGCUUGAAACAUUGGCCGUUAUAUAUGCGCUCAAACGUUUCCAUACCUAUGUACACGGCAUUCCAAUAAAGAUAGUGACUGAUUGUAAUUCUCUGGUAGAAACGCUUAAAAAUAGAAAUUCGUCCGCAAAGAUAGCACGUUGGUCACUGUUCCUGGAGAAUUAUAAUUACAUUAUUCAACAUCGCCCUGGAUUAGCAAUGAGUCAUGUAGACGCAUUAAGCCGACUGGAACAUUUGGCUGCCUUCGAUGAUGUUGAUAUUGACUUCCAAAUACGUGUAGCUCAGGCUAGGGAUCCGCUUAUCCAAACUCUGAAAAAAGAGUUAGAGACGACGGAUGUCGAAGGUUACCAAUUACAAGACGGUAUUGUAUUCAAACGAUCACCUUCUAAUAGGCUAAAAUUAUACGUGCCAACAGAAAUGGUUAAUAAUCUGAUACGAUCAAUACACGAACAAAUAGGUCAUUUGGGAGCCGAAAAAUGUUGCAACCAAAUAGAUCAGAAUUAUUGGUUUCCUAACAGAAAAACACGGAUAAUAAACUUUAUAAAUAACUGCUUGAAGUGCAUUAUUCACUCUGCUCCAUCUAGAGUAAAUAAUCGGAACCUUCAUAGCAUCCAAAAAGAACCUUACCCAUUUGAUACCUUGCACAUUGACCAUUUUGGACCGCUACCUACAUCAUCUUUAAAGAAAAAAUACUUAUUGGUAGUAAUAGACGCAUUUACGAAAUUCGUUAAAUUGUAUCCAACAACUUCCACUAGUACAAAAGAGGUGUGCAAUGCUCUAAAACAAUAUUUCUCUUACUACAGUCGACCUAAAAGAAUAAUUAGCGAUCGAGGUACAUGCUUUACUUCAGCCGCAUUUUCCAAUUUCCUUUCUUCUCGCGGAAUGAGCCAUGUGUUGAAUGCCACAGGAUCACCACAAGCUAAUGGUCAAGUGGAAAGGGUCAAUCGCAUUAUUCGUCCCAUAUUGAGCAAAUUAUCAAAUCAGACCGACCAUGUAGAUUGGGUGACCCAUUUGCUAUCUACAGAAUACGCUCUUAAUAAUACCAUUCAUUCGUCCACUCGUUUUUCCCCUUCUAUGCUAUUGUUUGGUGUUAACCUACGAGGCCCUUCAGUAGAUAUAUUGACCGAAUAUUUAGAAGACAAAAACAAAGCAUUUUCAGAUUUAGAAACUAUACGUGCAGAAGCAUCAUUCAAUAUUUUAAAAUCACAACAAAAUAAUGAGAAACAACAUGCUAAACACCAUCGCCCUGCUCCCGUAUUCAAUGAAGGAGAGUUUGUUGUAAUUAAAAAUGUAGAUAACACACCAAAUUCAAACAAAAAACUCAUUGCCAGAUAUAAAGGUCCAUACGUUAUCCACAAACGUUUACCUAAUGACAGAUAUGUUAUACGUGAUAUCGAUGGAAUACAAAUGACGCAAAUACCAUAUGAUGGAGUGUUGGAGUCGGACAAGUUGAGAAGAUGGAUAGUGCCUCUGGGGGGAGCUUGAUCGGAAUAUGUUCAUAAAGCUACACUUAAGAUUAAGGGUAGGGCUAUACAUAUGCAGGAAAAAUUGAGGUCAAUUUCUCGUCAGGAUGGCCGAGCUGUAGAAAUUAGAAAUUCGAAUUUGUAUAUACCUCACACAUACACCUUGACAUCCUUACACAUACACCUUUUCUAUAUGUACAUCUUGUUUGUGCGAUCACACCUAGGUUUAAGUAUCUCAGGCAAUACUGUCAAAUAGAGAUGUCAUUCGUGAUUGAGCGCUAAAACAGAAAA